CAUUGGUGCUAGAGCCUUGGCAACUCACAGUGUACGCGGUGCGGGCUGGGAAGAUGCACAGUGGCCGCCGGGGCUGCCUGUACCCUGCACUUACUGAGCGCCCGGGUACCCUCCCGGCUGCCCCCGACCAGUGAUGGGCUGUUUCUGCGCCGUCCCGGAGGAAUUCUAUUGUGAAGUUUUGUUGUUGGAUGAGAGCAAGUUGUCACUGAGCAGCCAGCACCAGGGGGUGAAGAAGUCAACGAAAGGCUCUGUUGUCCUGGACUACGUAUUCCGUCACCUAAACCUCGUGGAGAUAGAUUACUUUGGGCUUCGGUACUGUGACAGAAACCAUCAGGCGUACUGGCUGGAUCCUGCGAAGACUAUCUCAGAACACAAAGACCUGAUUAGCACUGGCCCUCCCUACACUCUGUAUUUUGGUGUUAAGUUUUAUGCAGAAGAUCCGUGUAAAUUGAAGGAAGAGAUAACCAGGUAUCAGUUCUUUUUACAGGUGAAACAGGAUGUGUUACAAGGUCGGCUUCCCUGUCCAUUUAACAUUGCUGCUCAGCUCGGAGCCUAUGCUAUACAGUCGGAACUCGGUGACUACGAUCCAUAUAAAAACAUAGCAGGUUAUGUGUCGGAGUAUCGCUUUGUACCUGACCAGAAGGAAGAGCUGGAAGAGGCCAUUGAGCGAAUACAUAAAACAUUAAUGGGGCAAGUCCCUUCUGUAGCUGAAUCAAAUUAUUUGGGAGUUGCCAAAUCCCUUGAAAUGUACGGAGUUGACCUUCAUCCAGUUUACGGAGAAAACAACUCUGAAUAUUUUUUAGGCCUAACCCCUGUUGGAUUGGUUGUAUAUAAGAAUAAAAAACAUGUGGGGAAAUAUUUCUGGCCUAGAAUUACAAAGAUACAUUUCAAAGAGACACAGUUUGAAUUAAGAGUCCUUGGAAAAGAUUGCACUGAAACCUCAUUCUUUUUUGAAACUCAGAACAAAGUGGCUUGUAAACAUCUGUGGAAAUGUUGCGUGGAACACCACACCUUCUUCAGAAUUCCAGAAAACGACUCAAGCACCCUGUCACGGAAGCUCAGCAAGCUUGGCUCUUUGGGAUCGAGGCACCGGUAUAGUGGUAGAACUGCUUCCCAGAUGACCAGUGACCUGUCUAUUCAGCUUCCCAGGCCUGACCAGAAAGUAGAGAGAAGUCGGAGCAAAACUUAUCCCAAAAGAACAGCGCUCACACAGCAGCCAGGCUCAAACAAUUUAGAGCAGGUAAUGACAGAUCUGGAAAACGGGGAAAAUGAAGGCACCACCAAAAUUAUGGCACCGUCACCCAUGAAGAGUUCAAAGAAGGUGAAACGUGACAACAGCCCAGAUACCCAAAGAAGCAGAGCAAGUGCACCAUGGGAGGAAAACGGCUCUCCCAGCGGACUCUAUAAUUCUCCCAAUGACCGCACUAAAUCACCAAAGUUUCCCACCCCCCGGCGGCGUAACCAGUCUGGAAGUGACAAUGAGAUAGGCAGGCGGAAAGGGCAGAAUAGCAAUGAGGACUCGGACCUGAAGCACCGGAGGAGAUCGCGGUCACGUUGUAAUACCAGCAGUGACAGUGAGUCCGAAAACUGCAACAGGGAACAUCGGAAAAAGCGAAAUAGGUUACGGCAGGAAAAUGAUAUGGUGGAUUCUGGUCCACAGUGGGAAGCCGUUUUAAGAAGACAAAAGGAGAAGAACCAGACUGACCCCAACCUCCGAAGAUCCAGGCACCGGUCUCGAUCGAGAAGCCCAGAUGUUCAAGCAAAGGAAGAAUUGUGGAAACACAUUCAGAAGGAACUGGUCGAUCCCUCAGGCUUAUCUGCAGAACAAUUAAAGGAAAUUCCUUACAUGAAAAUAGAGACUCAAGGUGACCCCAUACGUAUCAGACACUCUCACUCCCCCCGCAGCUUUCGUCAGUACAGAAGAUCGCAAUGUUCUGAUGGAGAAAGAUCGGUUCUCUCAGAAGUCAAUGCGAAAACUGAUCUUGUGGCUCCUCUGACUGUGACACGAGCCUCAGAUACACAUUGCGCUAGUGGGCCGCCGUCACAACAGAAAAGGAAUGGAUCCAAGGAUAGCCUGAUGGAAGCUGGGGUUUCUCCUCACAGCAGGGAUGGAAAGCACAAUGGAAAGACCAUAAAACCAGCACCCACCUCACGCCUCAAAUCUGAAACUUGAAAUCAGUAGAAUGCAGGCCAGGUCUCUAUAUAUAUUUGUGGACAAUCGCUCUACAGAUCAGAAGCUCUGUAAAUAAUAUUUCCAUGACAGACUAGGUGGAAAAUUUCAGAGUUUAUUUACGGUCGUUGGAGCCUACAUCACAGAAACCAUUAAACAGCAAAGCCAUUGGCUGUGAAUAUGGAGGCCAUUUUAUACAGGAAGUUAGAGGCCACAGCUGCAUUGGGAACGUUCAUCUGUGUGUAUGGCAAUCAGAAUACACACCAAAGUGAUCUACGGUGGUGGACAUAGUGUUAACAAUAACAGGCAGAACUGAACAAAGCUUGUGACCUGUAAAUCAUCGCCAAUGUUACAAUGGAUUGUACAUCAUCGUAUAUGCUGCUCUUAUGUCAUUGUUUCACAUUCUGUGCACAUUUGAAUAUUAAUUGUGACUAUGAAAGCCAAUUGUUUCCAGCUCCCGGAGUUUUUAAGUUGAAGUUGAACUGUACAAAUAUGCUUAUUUAGUACACUACUACUAAUAGAUUUUAGUUUCUCCACGGCCUUCGGGCCUGUAGUCACUUGUAAGAAACGUUGUCUGUAAAAUUUUCAUUUUUUUUAAUGAAUUUUUCUGGAUUUAUUUUAUUCUUGCAGUAUUAAAAAUCCAAAGUAUUUAAAAAUAAAAAUCU